CAAGAACAAGGACGAAAAAUUGAAAAGUUACAAGCUGAGUAGUACGUAAAGGUAGUAGUAGUACCAUGAUCACAGAAAUCUAUGUCUACUUGGCACUUGUUCAUCUAAAAACUAUAAUUUCUUCUGGAAGAAUUAUAUUACAAACAAGCUCGUCCCGACGCACUGAAAAAUCUUCACCAUGACGGGCGGCUCUUCUGAGCAACUCGGGGACCCCUUAAACGGGUGGAACCAAGUGGCGAAUUCGAGUUCCGGCACCUUCUCGAAUAACUCGACUUCCACCGAUUCCACCAACGCCAGAAACCCUAACCCUCAUACCAAUAGGUGCGGGGACUACAGCUAUUUUUCCUCGUCAACGGCAGCUGGGGCUGGUGGAAACGGAGGGUCAAGUAGAGGGUAUGGAGGUGGUCAUGCUGGAGGACAACAUGGUCAUCGACAGGAAGGGUAUGGCGGGCGGGAUGGAACCUCGUCAAGGGUACUGUUUUUGUUUAUCCUACUAACUUGCUUUGAAAAUAAUGUUCAAAAAUAUGAUUCUACUUAUAUCAGGAAUUAAUUACCUUAACCUCCGUUAAUUAUUUUUAUUUGUUUUUGAUGUGAAGUACAUGGAUGUGUUGAUCUUUUCCAACUUUUCGUUCAGGAUCAGCGAGGACAGUCUUUUGCUGGGUCCAACAAAGGAAAUAGCAACAACAGACAGCAAGGAAGUGGCAAAAAAGGGAAAGGUGGCAAGGCGCAAAGGUAUCUAUAAUUCUAGAAUAAUUUACUAGGAUGGAUGUACUAGGAUGGACUUGGACGGAUCGGAUGGACCCCCCUAAAUCUUCCGAUCCUCCUUGAAAUGGUGGGAAGUCCAUCCGAUCCAUCAGAUUCCGAUCCAUCCGAUCGAUCCCAUCCUGGACCUGCCACCCCUAUAAAUUAUUACACUCCUCGCCUUUCUAGUGUUUAUCUUUUACUGUGUGCUUCGAGGACGAUGAGGAACAAAUUCUGCUUGUUGAGGCAACAAAAAUUUUCGACACGCAGAGGAUCUGAAGAAUUGUUCGGUCAUGGUAUGAGAAAAAUCAAAAUCCUAUCAGGAGCAGCCCAAGUCGAGGGAGCAGCGGAAGCUUUGGCGCACGGCGCGCAGCACCAGGCUAUAAUUCUUCGGUGAACAAGAAAGGUUCCUCGAGACAAAGCGAAUCUCAGGAGCAGAGGAACAACCACGGCUAUAACAACAACUCUUCAUCAGUGUCAGAUUCUGAUUACAACAAUCAACUACAGCCAAAUCAUUCCUCCGGUUCUGGUAGAGGACAGCAUUCUCAAUCUGCGUCUUCAUCUGGAUCUGGUGGUCCUCAAUGCCAAAAUCAACAACAAAGCAGCAAUCAUGGUGGGUCCUAUAUUAAGGGUUUCCAAAUUGCAUUCCUCACUACCAUCCCCGACUCUUGUUUUCCUAGUAGAAAAGAGGCCAGGGAUGUUCUGAAGAAUGUAAGUAAUUCCGCAACCUCUAACUAUAGUUAUUACAACAAUAGCAACAGUGCUUCGAGUAGUGCAGCAGGUUCUGGCAGCAAUAGUCUAAAUCACCAGCAGCAGUACAGUCAAUACAGUCAACAUGGUGCCAGUAGCUCCGGUGGUGGCGGAGGCCAAUACAGCUCCAAUGAGCAGAUGCAAGCGCAACAACACCAACAACAACAGAUAAUGCAAGGGAAUCAACAACACUCUCAGUCUCACCACACGCAGCAGCAGCAGCAGCAUCAACAGCACCAGCAGGGGUCUCCGCAACAACAACAGCAACAGGCGUCGUACCAUCAACAGGGAAGUGGAGGCACUCAAAUGCAGGAGCAGCAGCAAAACACGCAACAUCAGACGAUGCAGCAAGAGCAGCUGGCUGCCCAACAGAGUGCAUAUCUGCAUCAGCAACAUCAGAUGCAUCAGCAGAUGCACCAGCACCAACAUCUUCACCAGCAAAACCAUAAUAUGCACCAGCAACAGCAGCAUCACCAGAAUAACAUGCAUCAACAACAGCAGCACAACGCGUACCACCAACAGCAACAGCAUCAUAACAUGCAGCAUAACAUGCACCAACAGCAUAACUACAUGCAUCAGCAGCAGCACCAACAUCACAACGCGAUGCAGCAGUCACACCAGCAGCAGCAUCAGAUGUCUCAGCAGCAUCAGCAACAGCAUCACAACAUGCAGCAAUUCGGGUCACAACAUGAUCAACACCAUCUUCAAGGACAACAUGAAGGCCUUUCAAUGCAGCAACACCCGUACAGAGACCAAGUAGAAUACACCAACUCUAUGGGGACUUCGUCAAGUGGGUCCUCGAGUGGUCAACACCUUCAACAGAAUGGAAGUUUCGAACAUCAAGGUCAGGGUUCGUGUGGAGGGAGUCUAGUUAAGGCUACGCUCCUAUGUAUGUAUGUAUGUAUGUCAAGUGUCAACAACAUGGACAUUUCCACAGGAUAAAUAUUUUUCUCUGUUUUCUUCUUGGAAAGCAGAGAAAAUGACCCUAAGAGAUUAUGAUUUUUGUUUAAAACACUCUAAUCUUGGAGGAGGCGGUUCGUACAACAGUAUGCCACAACAGCACAUAACUUCCAGCACUUCUGCUGCAGCGUGUGGCGGUGGAGGAGGAGGCAUGCAAGGUGAUCAUAAUUAAGGGUAGGUUAAAGGUGCUUUUCUUACCGCUUUUUAUGCCUCUCCUAAGGGAGAAAGGCAUAACAAGCGGGGUAAGCGAGCACCAAAAACCUACCUCUAACAUAAUAUUAGUAUGGCGGGAAAUACUAGUCAUCUGAACAACAUCAACAUGAUGCAUGUGCAUCACCACGACCAACCUGGAAACGUGGAUCACCAACACCAAUACAACAACAGCGGACCUCUGCCGAGGACGGCUUCUUAUGAGAAGGAAUCGUAAUUCUAAUCGUAAUGUUUUGCAUGUUUGCAUGGCAGUUCCCCCCGGCAAUGUGGGCAUCUCGUGUAUGUCCCACAUGUCAUCAUGAGAACAAGGAAAGGGUACCCCCCCUCCCGAUGUGCACUACAGAUUUACGGAGGACCCAAAAAUGUUGUGGGCCUGGGCUCCAAUGAACGGGGUUGUUGGUGAACUGCAACGUGCUACAUUCAUUAAUUCAUUCAUAAUUCGAAUUGUAAUCUUCAGCUGCAGAAACGUAACAUAGACAUAGAGUAAAUUUUUAGAUAGUUGUCCGUAGUACUUUUUUUCUUUGCCACCUGACACCUUCGUUCAUCAUCAUCAUCAUCAUCAUCACUAGUCUUUAAUACAUAGUGGUCUACUCUCCUCACUUAGUAAGGAUCCCUAAUCAUUCCUCGAUCCCUUUUUUUCUUAGCCUCAAGAUUCUACUUGAUGGACGGGUAGACAUGUCCUCGUGAUGUCAGCAUAAUUGUUUCUCCCUUUAUUAAAUUAGUAGUAGAUAAGUUCUUAGGCAGCUCGUCUGGGAAAUCUUAGGCAGCUCGCCGAAUAGAUUCAAAUCAUCAGAUAAGUUCUUGCCUGACCUUUCUUAGUUUCUUUUUUCGGUUUUUGUUUUUUCUAGUUACUAGGUAUGCUCCACCAAGAACUUCAUUAAAUUCCCUACAACUACUUUCAUCUGCUACCCCCAGCAGCCGAGGACGGAGGCUACGGCUCAGGAAUGAACGGCAAAAGCAUGAACUAUCAUGUGCAGUUGGAGAAAGCUGUGAGGACGAAGAGGGUUGAGGAUGCAUGGCGAAUUUUGGAGGAGAUGCAGAUGGAUAACAUUGUACAAGUUAGAGUUACAGUGAUGCAGAUGAAGAACAUUGUACAAGUUAGAGUUACAGUGAUUUUCAUUUUGGUAGGAGUAGAUGUAGAAGUGGUAGUCCACCUAGUUGUAAAGCUAAUUAAUAUAGAUAUCCUACGUGGUUUUAUUGUUAGGAGAUCAUAUGUUUUCUUGUUGAACAUCAAAAGAACCUGAUGAUAUAUGUUUUCUUGUUGAACAUCAAAAGAACCUGAUGAAACACAGAUCUGCGAUAAGUUUGCGAUUUCGCGCAUAUUGAUGAAGACCGUGAAUCACUACAACGAGCCUAAACUACUUGCCAGGGGGAUUCACGUAGUGGAGCGAUUCGUGCAACAGCAACCAGCGG